UCUCUUCACCGAAUUCCUUAGAAAGAGAGCAGUGCGUUCGGUAGCGAGGGAUGAGGCCAGUGGAGGGUCGCGUUUACGGCGAGUAUUCCGGCGAUAUGGGUGGCGUGAGGACGGCGGUGGCGUCGGAGGGGAUCAUGGACCGGAUCCAAUCCAAAGACGAGGAGUGCCGGAUCGAGGCGGCGAAGGAGAUCCGGCUGCUGACGAAGACGUCGUCGAAGCACCGGCGGCAGCUGGAGGGCGCCAUCGUUCCGCUCGUGUCGAUGAUCCGGUCCAGUAAUCAUGAGACAGCCGAAGCCGCCAUGCUUGCUCUCCUUAAUCUCGCCGUCAAAGACGAAAGGAACAAGAUCAAGAUUGUGGAUGCUGGUGCACUGCAGCCAUUAAUUGGUUUCCUACGAUCAACAGACUCGAUCCUGCACGAGCAUGCAACUGCUGCUCUGCUCACCCUCACCGCUGCUUCCAUCACCAAACCAAUCAUCGGUGCUGCAGGUGCCAUCCCCCUCCUCGUCGAGAUACUUAGAGAUGGAAGCCCACAAGCCAAGGUAGAUGCCGUGGUGGCCUUAUUUAAUCUCUCCACAAUCCCUAAGAACAUCAACACCAUCCUCUCAGCCAAGCCCAUACCUCCUCUGAUAGGCUUACUGAAGUGCUGCAAGAAAUCAUCCAAAAUAGCUGAAAAGUGCAUCGCCCUUUUAGAAUCAUUGCUGGGUCACGAAGAGGGGAGAACUGCUUUGACAUCCGAGGAAGGUGGAGUGCUGACGGUAGUGGAAGUACUGGAGGAGGGGUCUCCUUUAAGUAGAGAACAUGCAGUAGGAGCCCUGCUGACAAUGUGCGAGAGUGAUCGCAGCAGAUACAGAGAAGUAAUUCUCAACGAGGGUGCGAUACCAGGUCUUCUUGAGCUCACCGUUCAGGGGACCACCAGGUCUCAAUCCAAAGCUCGUUCUCUGUUGCAGAUGCUGAGGAACUCUCCGUACCACAGAUCGGAAGUGGAGGCGGACACACUGGAAAACAUCGUUAGCAACAUCGUGGCUCACAUCGAUGGUGAUGAUCGUGCGGGGAAGGCGAAGAAGAUGCUGGCUGAAAUGGUGCAGGUCAGCAUGGAGCAGAGCCUGAGGCAUUUGCAGAAGAGAGCUUUUGCCGCUCCGACCGAGACGUCUCUCAGUAAAUGUCCUUCUAAAGUUCCCUCCAAGUGGUAGUUCAAUGAAAUGGGCGAUGUUUUACUGUGUCUUCCUUUUUGUUGUCGCAGUGUUGGAAGUCAAAAUUUUUGAUAAACAAAAUAAUGAAGUAGGAUGCCAGUCCAGGCCACGACGGUACUGGUGACUGGUGAAAUGUUGAUAGUUAAACGUCCUAAGUGCUUAUUUACCAAAAAAACAAAAAACGUCUUAAGUGCUUUCUACUUUUCCGUUGAGUCGGUGGGUGCUGUACCAUAAACUUUUAGCCUGUUGUGCAAUCAAAGAUGUCUCUGUGUCUUUAUUUUUAUUUUUAUUUUUAUUAUUUUUUUUAACACUGAAAUUGUUUCCUCAGUCCUUUCUUUCUGGUUCAUGUAAUUUUCGAAUUCCUUCAAUAAUCAGAUAAAUGGAACGUAUAGGUUUUUUCUUC